AGGUGGCAGCCAAAUGGUGCCCUUGAGCGGGGAGGAGGCCAGAGGAGGCCAAGUAGCCACAGAGGCCGACACAGUGUCCCUUCGUGAAGCUCCAAGGGGCGUCAUGGACAGUGGCGGCCCACCCGCAGGCGGACAAAGCCAAGGAUUCCGAGGAUUUGGAGGCAUGUUGACUUCAGGCCCCAGCAGCUUAGAGGAAAGAGUUGCGGGUGUCGAGGGCUGGGCAGGCUCCUGGCUCUCAUAUGCUCAGCAGCUCUUUGACGUGAGUUCAGAUGAAGUGCUGAAGCGACUGAAGUUGGCCCUGGUUCCUUUCCAGGGCCAGGAGGAUGCAGCCAACGACUUCCGCACACGGCCUGACUUCUACGGUCCCUUUUGGGUGGCCACCACCUCUGUGUUGUUCUUGGCCGCAACUGGCAACUUUGCACGGCUCCUGGAAAUGGAGGAUGAGCAGAGCUUCAAAUCCGACUUUUCGUUGGUUAGCGUGGCUGCAUCGAUGAUCUAUGGGUUGUUGGUUGCUGUGCCCUUGUGUGCGCGGCUGGGGCUCUAUUGCUCCGGUCAGUCGGUGGAUUGUAUCAACUUCAAACAGGUGAUUUGCGUCUACGGCUACUCUUUGACUCCACUGAUACCAAUGUCGGUGAUUUGCUUGGUUCCAAUGGCCGUGCUCCGUUGGAUUGCCGUGCUCUGCUGCCUGGUGACCUCCUUAGCAUUCAUCUAUGGCACGUUGUCCGCCGAUCUGGCGGUGGAGGCGCCCUCCCUGAAAUGGAAGGUCUUGGGCCUGUUCUGCGGGGCGCAUGUCAUCAAUGUCAUGGUCUACCGCAUUUACUUCUUUCACUCCAUCAACUGAGUGCUCUGAGUUUGUUAGUCAUUUGGGUAGUUUAGCGUCAGGUAUGUUUUGGGGGGAAGUUGUUGAUUGUGUUUUCGAUGGCAAGAUUGAAAUCAAACAAAAACAACUUCUCAGUUCACGCAUGGAGUCCACUCGUGGUGGCAAUGCUUCACCAACUUGUGCAGUUUAACAACGUCGUUUUACCGGCUCCAAAAAAGGUUGCACAGCAUGGACGACUGGGUCCCAUCCCGGAUG